AUGCCCUGUGCCUACGUGCUGGCUUCCUCUGCGAGUCAGGAUGAGGAACAGGCCCUGGCAUGCCAGCCCCUACCAGUGACUCCUGAAACCUUGACAAGUCUGAGCUGGAAGCAGGACUGGGGGUGGGGAGUAGUGCCUGUCACUGACCACUUCCUGUCGUCCCCUCUGCCAGGCACUCACACACAGGUGGUGCAGGUGAACGACUCCAUGUAUGGCUUCAUCGGUACAGAUGUGGUCCUGCACUGUAGUUUUGCCAACCCACUGCCCAGUGUGAAGAUUACCCAGGUCACGUGGCAGAAGUCCACCAAUGGCUCCAAGCAGAACAUGGCCAUCUACAACCCAACUAUGGGGGUUUCCGUACUGCCUCCCUACGAGAAAAGAGUGGAAUUCCUGCGACCCUCCUUCAUUGAUGGCACCAUCCGCCUCUCCCACCUGGAGCUGGAGGACGAGGGCAUGUACAUCUGUGAAUUUGCCACCUUCCCUACAGGCAACCGUGAGAGCCAGCUCAAUCUUACCGUGAUGGCCAAACCCACCAACUGGAUCGAGGGCACCCAGGCAGUGCUUCGAGCCAGGAAGGGACAUGAUGACAAGGUCCUGGUGGCCACCUGCACCUCAGCCAAUGGGAAGCCUCCCAGUGUGGUGUCCUGGGAAACACGGCUAAAGGGCGAGGCAGAGUACCAGGAAAUUCGGAACCCCAAUGGCACAGUGACAGUCAUCAGCCGUUACCGCUUGGUGCCCAGCCGGGAAGCCCACCGGCAGUCCCUGGCUUGCAUCGUCAACUAUCACCUGGACCGCUUCAGGGAGAGCCUCACACUCAACGUGCAGUAUGAACCUGAGGUGACCAUUGAGGGCUUUGAUGGCAACUGGUACCUGCAGCGGACAGAUGUGAAGCUUACAUGCAAAGCGGAUGCCAACCCCCCAGCCACCGAGUACCACUGGACUACGUUGAACGGCUCUCUCCCCAAGGGUGUGGAGGCCCAGAAUAGAACCCUCUUCUUCCGAGGACCCAUCAACUACAGCCUGGCAGGAACCUACAUCUGUGAGGCCACCAACCCCAUUGGCACCCGCUCAGGCCAGGUGGAGGUCAAUAUCACAGAAAAGCCCCUCCCCCAGGGGGGCCCAGGAAGUGCAGCCAGGCUCCUUGGGGGUGCAUUGGCCAUGGUCCUCGUCCUUGGCGUGACUCUGGCUGUCUUCCUUCUGUACCACUGGCAGCAGAAGAACCAGUUAGGAAUUGACAUAGAUGGGAUGGACCUGUCUCCCUCCCAGAAGCUGGAGCCACCUCCCAACAGGCAGAGUGAACUUGCACCUGAGGGCAUUCAGGUUCUCCAUCUAGAUCUGGGGAGACAGCAGGAAGAAGAUCUGCCCCUACAGCCCUCCUACUAUGACCUGGGGGUCUCCCCCAUCUACCGACCCUUG